CGACCAGCCAAGAUCGUCGACCAGGAAGAUGCACCACGCACGGCCCUCCUCCCUCCAGCCGUCCAGGCGUGCGUGUCUGUCCGCCUCUCGACGAUGCCUCUCGUCGUCGAGAGCGCAGGGCGCGGAGCAGCCCGUGAUGAACCGAUACAGCCGGACGGUCACGCAGCCAAAAACUCAGGGCGCGAGUCAGGCUAUGCUCUACGCGACUGAUGGCAUUCAGGCCGACGAAGACUUCAACAAGGCUAUGGUUGGCGUUGCUAGCGUCUGGUAUGAAGGCAAUCCCUGUAAUAAGCAUCUAUUAGGCCUAGGCCAGGUGGCUAAGAAAUCGCUAACUGACGCUGGUAUCAUCGGCUACCAAUUCGGUACCGUCGGGGUCAGCGAUGGCAUUAGCAUGGGCACCACUGGGAUGUCUUACUCGCUCCAGUCGCGAGACCUCAUCGCCGACCAGGUCGAGACUGCCGCCGGCGGCCACUGGCUGGACGGUAUGGUGGCCAUCCCUGGAUGCGACAAAAACAUGCCCGGGGUACUGAUGGCUUUGGGCCGACUGAACCGCCCGGGUCUCAUGUUGUACGGCGGAACCAUCCGACCAGGCUCGUGCGCGGGCGCGCCGCAGCUCGAUAUUGUCUCCGCCUUCCAGGCAUACGGGAAGUAUUUGCAAGGCGGCCGGACGGAAGCAGCUGAGCAAGAGCGGUAUCAGACCAUUCGCAACGCAUGUCCCGGCCCCGGUGCCUGCGGAGGAAUGUACACGGCGAACACGAUGGCGAGCGCCGCGGAGGCUCUGGGCAUGGCCCUUCCGGGAUCAUCCUCCUUCCCCGCCGAGUCCCCAGAAAAAAUGAACGAGUGUGCGAGCAUCGGGCCCGUCAUGCGCAACCUGCUGGAGAAGAAUAUUCUCCCCCGGGAAAUCAUGACGCGCUCUGCGUUCGAAACCGCGAUGGUUCUGACAAUGAUCCUCGGCGGUUCGACCAAUGCCGUCCUCCAUCUUAUCGCCAUUGCGCACUCCGUCGGUAUCGAGCUCACCAUCGACGACUUCCAAAAUGUCUCGGACCGCACCCCUUUCCUCGCCGACCUCAAGCCGAGCGGUCGGUAUGUCAUGGAACAUGUUUACAAAAUUGGCGGCAUCCCCAAGAUCUUGGAAUACUUGCUGAGCAAAAAUCUUAUUGACGGCAACAACAUGACCGUGACUGGGCGGACUCUGGGCGAGAAUCUGGACCGCUGGGUACACGAACACGGCAAAUUGGACUUCACCAGCCAGGAUGUGAUCCGGCCGCUCGAGAAGCCGAUAAAGGAGACUGGUCACCUGCGUAUCCUUCGCGGUAACCUCGCGCCCGGCGGAGCGGUCGCAAAGAUCACGGGCAAGGAAGGCCUCGGUUUCACUGGCAAGGCGCGCGCAUUUGACACGGAAGAUGACUUUGUACGCGCCGUCGAGAGUGGAUCGAUCAAGAAGGGCGAGAAGACAGUCGUCGUGCUGAGGUACCUCGGGCCGAAGGGUGGACCGGGCAUGCCCGAGAUGCUCAAACCGACGAGUCUUAUUAUGGGUGCAGGCCUUGGCCAUGAUGUCGCCUGCCUCACGGAUGGGCGCUUCAGCGGCGGCUCGCACGGUUUCUGCAUUGGGCAUGUCGUCCCUGAGGCACAGGUAGGAGGCCCCAUCGCUCUGGUCCAGGACGGCGAUGUUAUCGCUGUCGACGCGGUCAAAAAUUCCCUUGAGCUGCAAGUCUCUGAAGAGGAGCUCGCGCGCCGCCGGAAGUCCUGGAAGCCCAAGCCGCUUAAAUUCACGCAGGGAACGCUCUUCAAAUACGUCAAGACGGUAGAGGACGCUAGCCAUGGAUGUAUCACAGAUGCAUGAGGACGCCACAGGUGUCUCACUGCGACAAAAGGCUGCCUUGCUUGGCGGGAGUUCAUUCACUAGCAUGUUUAGACACAGUAGAGCGACAAAGAAUGAUAGGCUUUUCUCGGG